UCUAAAGUAUAUACAUAAGCAUCUUUGGAGAGCAAACAAGACCACCAGAGAGAAAGAAUUUGCGAAUGUAUCAUACAUUUGUUGAUAGAAAAGGUCUGCCCGUCUAAGUUUAUACUUCAGUACGCUUGAAACGUUCCUCUUCGCCGGAGUUAAAAAUGAAUUUAAAAGUUUUCUUAUAUGGAUUUCUGAUUUCUUUGUUAUCGCUUAAAUGUGUCACUAGUCGUGGCCAAAAGAGAAAGCACAUAUGUAUAGACCUUGUAUCAGACUCUUCUGAUUCAGACUGCGUCAUUGUGCCGCAGACUGCAGCGGAUGUAAUCCUCAUAAAUAGUUCCGAAGAUACCAAGGAAGAUACUCACAAAAAAAAUAAUAGUGAUAAUCACUACGGCACCCACAGGAAUAUCCGCAUCGGUCGCAGGAAAAGAAGGCGUACAAGUAUCGUGAUUGUUUCAAGCAGUUCUGAAGCUGAUGAUGAAGAUCUUGAUACCAAAAAGUCAAACAACGAAAGCUGGCAAAAAACGCGAUCAAGUGUAAGACAUGGCUUACAUAGUUCGGAAGCAGAGAAAAAGGACGAAUCAGAUUAUCCCAUUUUGGAAGACAGUACUAUGGAGGAUGUGGACCUGGAUUAUGACAUGAUUCUUGAUGAUGACUUUUUUAAAAGAAUUGAAGAAGAUAGAUCCACCGAUACUUGUGAUCAUACCCUCAUAAAUACGCAAAGCCCAAGCUGGAAAAAAUGGUUUACAAGUGUUAAGGCUGUAGCGGGUGCAGGCCCCGAUUACCACAUCGUUUAUGAUAUAUCUCCUAAAGACACUGAGAAAGAUACACACAUGGAUACCCACAACGAUGGCGAGAACGAUACCCAGACGGAUACUCAGACUCAGGCGGAUACCUCCAAAGGCGAUAGUAACUGCAAUAGCUCUGAUUAUGAUUACUAUUAGUCAAACCGCUACUAUCUGUGCGAGACAACAAAAAAUAUACAAUUAGAUAUAAUUAUAAUUAAUUAUAAUUAUAGGUCGUUCUAUACCUUUUUAAAGUUUGCGCUUUUUCAAUAAUAUAUGUACGUCUAAUAGAUUAAAACAAUAAAUACUGUGAGCAUCAAAACAAAACAAUAUUUGUAUGCUUUUGCGUUAUUAAUUGCUAUUCAAAUAAGAAAAUAAUAAUUAUUAAAUUCAUUUGCUCGAACCUAUACAGAGAUUUCAUCACAAAAGUUGUUAUCAAAUAUGUUUGGGUUGAAAUUUUUUUUUCACCAGAACUGUUUUUGAUUGGAAUUCAUUUCAUAAUUCAUACAUAUAUAUAUCAAUAUAUAUCAAGCAAAAGAGCCACUUGCCUUCUGAUUUGCAAAGCUAAAUUAAUUUAUUUUAUGUGU